CAGCCCCGCGCCCUUCGCUCACCGCCCGGCCCCAGCUGCUGCGGCACCAAAACCUGCCAUCAGCCGCUCGCUAAUGCAGAUGAUAACACGAGUUCACCUAUGUCGCUGUUUCUACCUCUGUAGGUAGUCCAGACUUCCAAAAAAAAAAUCACUCGCUGAUUUUCUUUGCAAUAUUGCAUUUACUCACGUUACUGGGGGAAAAGGUUCCUUCGAAGCAAAACUCACGUGCUUUUCAUGCAUCCUUGAUGUGAGUGUAUAAAUAGGAAGAACAUUUCCAAAACUUCAUAAAAAUAAUUGAAAUAUCUGUGUAAAUACUGGAGAAACACUGAAAUGUUACUUCUUUAUGUGACUGACAUAAAGGUACAGAAAAGCAUAUGUGUAAAUUUAAGUUAAACUAAAAAAUAUGCAAGCAGGAAAGACAGGGAAAUGUAUCUGUGGUAGCUUGAGUAAGAGGAGGAAAAAUAAUGUCUAGAUUAGUAACAUUAAUACAUUACGGGGCUAAUAACAUUGUAACACUUUGCCCUUAAGGUUAAGGAAAUUUGUUAUCAUUGAAAGAUGCUCAUGCUAGUGGGGGUGGUGUAAGUAAAAAAAGAAAAAAAAUGCGAUUUAGGUCUAUAAUAAUUUAAUCCAGGAAAUUUGUAUAAUUUCAUGCUGUACAGAGUGAGCCAAAAUAGUCUGUCCUAUUGCUUUGGAAAAUGGAAAGUUGCUACAUUGCAGCCAUGGAUUUGAAGCUUUCCCUCACUGUCUAGAAACUGCCAAAUGCUGUAGGGUUGUGUUGCAUCACGUGGUGCAAUAUUGAAAUCUUUCCUAAUACCGCAGUACACUGCAGUAGAAUGGUUUUAAUGCAGAUUACCUGGAGAUUAUUCAAAGGGUCCACGUUGCCUCACUGAAACAUGAAGCAAAUCGGUGUGAUCCUCCUGGCAUCGUGCUGCAGUGCCACGCUGCAGGAUAUUGCAGGAGCAGGAAACUUUUCGACACCUUCAGCUCUGCGCUGAUUUAUCGUUUCAGAGUGGGAUGAUAGAGCAAAAGUAGCAGGGCAGUGACAGCACGGUAAAUCACAGAGAACUGAGGGGGGACGGUUCUUUUCACAUUGUUCUCGGGUAAUAGUGCAUAGAAAUCAUCUGAUAGACAAAUCUCUAGUGAAAGCUUUUUAGUUUAAGGCUUAUAGCUUUUCCCUUCUAGGAGUUAGAGCUCACUGAUGUCUUGAGGAUAAUGUUUUUCGAAAGGAUGUAAUAAAUUUCAUGACAGCUGCCUAAUUUUUUUUUUUUCAAAUGCAAAAGAGAGUACAGUUUACUACAAGAAAUGCUGACAUGCAUGAUUUUUCAGAGAGCUGCUGCUCCAGGGUUUUGAGUCAACUAUCUCACAUGUACACCAAAUUGCUGCUCUAGCUUUAUUUAUGUUUAUUACUGCUCUGUGCUUGUUAAAUACUGCAGGGUAUGGUAGUGUGGUUAAAAUAUCAAUUCCAUGUUGAAUAAAGUUUAAAUUGGUCAAGUUACUACACAUUAAAAAUAAGCAAAUGAUAAGUGGGUAGAUUUUUUUCCCCAAGUAGUAAUAAAGAGAAUUUAAGAGAAGUUUUAUAUGUAUCACACUUUUAAUCUAAGAUUCUUUACAGAAUGUUUUUUAGGGGACUUUUCCUAAAUCUUAAGGAUGAUAAACAGAGAAGACAAAAGAAAUGAAGAGAGAAGGUUAAAACAAAACCUCUCAUCUGAGAUUUGACCUCAGAAGGGAAAUCCUGGAGGUGAAGCCAUUGCAGAGAAGAAGCAAAAGAAGGAAGUGUUUGUGUGACAAGAAAGCCACUUAACGAUGAAAAAAUUCACACUGUUUGAUUUUGUAAAUGAUAAUUCACUGCAAAUUGGAGAGACUUCAUGGAUACAGGACCUUCCCUGUGAUAACAAUGAACUAGAAAGACUUCUGAAACCUAAUGAGCAUGUACUAGUGAACUGGCCUGUGGGAGAAAGAAAGACAGAAAAGCACCUGGUGAAAGUUGUGUACAUGAGCGAUGAUCCCCAAGAGCUGGUGGAAAUGAUGCAAAAGAUAUUACGAGCAGAUGAAAUUACAAAAAUACAAGUCCUUGGAAAAGGCAAGAGGAAGAGGAUAGAAAUGAUAUUCUCAGAAAGUGAGGACAGUGACCUGGAUAAAGAAAAGGGGAAGAUGAUGAAACAUAUAAAAAGAAAGAAAUCAUUGCAGGCAUCUACUCCUGCCAACAUCCUGAGUCAACUUGAAACAUCUUUAAUUAACAAACAGAGAGAACCAUACUCAGGAAGCAACUUUCUAUAUAGUGAAAGUAGCAGUGAUGAUGAAGAGCCUUUAUUUCAACUCUCCAAGGUAGAACUAUGUGCCAAAAUUAAAAGUCUCAAGAGGAAGCUGACAGAUACCAUGAGAGAAAACUGCCGCCUAAGGCAGUCCCUGGUGAUGCUUCAAGUGUUGCCACAGGCAGUCACUCAUUUUGAGGAGCUGGUAGGGAUGGCUGAAGCGCUGCUCAAAGGAGGAGUGACAUCAUCUACGUCCAGUCUGCAUCCACAUGCUGUUUGGAAGGCAUCUCACAAUCCAUUAGCAGAUUCCUAUGCAGCUAUGCAUAGCAACUCCAGCUCACCAAUAACUUUGAAUGUGGAAGAUGAGGAGCAACAGACUGAAAAACAGUUCAAGAUUGAAAAGUGGCAGAUUGCACUUUGUAACAAGAGCAAACCUCAAAAAUUUAUAAAUGACUUGAUGCAAGCACUUUAUACACAUGAAUACAUGGCUACACACAGCCUGACCGGUGCAAAGUCUUCCUCUUCUAAGGAUAAAGCGGCAAAACCAGCUAUGAAUCAGAAUGAAGUUCAGGAAAUCAUAGGAAUCACAAAACAGUUGUUUCCAAACACAGAUGACGCUUUAAUUAGGCGAAUGAUGGGACAAAAACUGAACAAUUGCACCAAGAAGCCAAUUUUAAGCAAAGAUCUUAACUCAGGUGCUUUUCAGAAACAUAGCUUUUGUGGUUCAACAGCUGCUCCUCAGGGCAUCAUCUCUUUGGCUGCUCCUCCUUGUACGCAAGACCAGCAGGAUGAUGAUUCACCAGCUGCUAAUGCACAACUUCAGCAAAGUGACAGCUGCCUGACUCCUCCACCUCCCGCCCCAGAAGGUCAGCAAGAGUGUCCCAAAGCCACUUCUUCUAAGGCGGAGUCUCAACUCGCCAGCAGCUCACCAGCGCCCUCUCCCAACCAAGGUUGUGGACAGGAUCUCAGGAAUUCAGACAAGGAGUAACAGAAGUUUCAUUCCAGCUCACAUGCUCAAUGGAGAUUAAGAAGCAGUAUAAAAUAAAAAAGAAAUAAUAUCUAAAUUGUACUAGAUAUAUGGUAGUGUCCAACAGUGGACAGACACAGAUGCCUGAGAACUCUUUUUUCUCAAACAAAUGAAAAUCCCAUAGUCUAGAAAAAAAAAAUGAAGGCGUAUUAAUAUAUUUGGAUUUAAGAUGUUAUAAGAUAUAUGCAUGUUAUAUGAUAAUUAAAACUUGUACUGAAGGACAAAAGUAGAGUUCCCCUUAGUUAGAAAAAAACAUUAUUUAAUGUACAACCAAAAGAAUAUAUAUAAGGAACCAUAAUUCCCCUUGCUUUCACCUUGACAGCUGAGGGAAAACUGCUUAAUUGAUCAAAGAAAGCUACUGUAUACUAAUGCAAAAAAAAUAUAGUGAUAUGGAGAGAAAAUAGAAAGAUCUCCUAGUGAAAUGAAGACUGUGGCCAGCACAGGAGUAGAAAGCACAGGGCCACAUGAGCAGAGAAGAAAUAAAAUGUAUGUUUAAGGCUGCUACUAACUUGGCAAACAAAAAAACUUUCUUAGGGCAAUGAAAUUGAAACUUUGAAGAUAUCCACAGGAAAGAAGCAGUUAUUUUUUAACCUCUCGAAGUAGGAAAGGCAAUGGAAGAAGCCAUGUUCCUUUGUAGCUCAGGGAAGAGUCCUCCAGGAGAGCCUGUUUAGUUAUAGAAGCCAUUUUCUUACAGGGAUUCUGCUGCUGGUACUCUGCUGGUUUGGCAGCUCUUGCUCUUUCUCUUCUUCUCUGACCAUCAGGUUCAUAGAAUGAGGGUGCCUGGUCCCUUCAGUUUGGAAAUAGAGGACACUUAAGCAGAAGCAACUAGUAAAGGGCAGAGUUGCCAGUUUCUACUCCCUGUGUUUUGAUUUUGGUAUGCUACUCCUUGCUUAGAGAAAGGGUGGACAGGCAGAAUAUUCCUCAUGGGACUAGGACCAGAAAAAUCCCAGUAUCUGGGUGGUUCCCCUUGAGAUCUGACACCACUUCUUCCAGGCAGCAGCUGGCAGUCACACAGACCCUAUAACAGCCUUAGGAGGAGGAGUGGAAGGUGCACGUUCCCCAGGGCAGUGGUUACAGCACCAAGGCUGGCAGAGUUCAAGAAGUGUUUGGACAAUGCUCUCAGGUACAGGGCGUGACUCUUGCGGUGCCCUGCACAGGGCCAGCAGUUUGACUUGAUGAUCCAAAUGGGUCCCUUCCAACUCAGCAUAUUCUAUGGUUCUAGGAUUUUUUUUCCUUGCUGACUGAUUUCAGGUCUCGUGUGUUGACAUGGGAAGGAGAGAACGCUUGAGACUAUAACUUUCCUGUUUGAGUGUACUUCUCCCAGAACUGAGAGUACUGUUAGCUGAAUCUACUUCAAACAAGCAAAACAAGCAACUAACGAAUCAGAUUGGAAAAACAAAAUUGCAUUAAGUUGAAGAAAUCUGGCUUAAUUUAAGGAGGAUUUCAGGACAUUUGAGUUACAGAAAUAAAUUAGAAAUAAUAUUAGUGUGAACACUGAAAAAAAAAAAAAAGAAAAUAAUGUUAUCAACCAAAUACCGCUGCAGGGAAGUGCACAAAUUUAACUGUUCUAGAGCAAAGCACUAAUAGAAUGCACUGUGGAGAAGACUUUUGUGUGGGCUCGGGUACAAAUUGAUUUGCUUUCUUUUUCAUCUCUCACCUAACAAUACCUUUUAGAUAGGAUCAGGAUGAAAACAGGUAUGAAAUACGUUAGUUCUAUCUCAUGCUAUUAACUACCAUCUAUAAAAUGUAACAGAAGGAUGUCUGCUAUUAUGUAAAUUUUGUAUAUGUAAUUGUAUGUACAGCAUAUAUAAUAAUGUAUAUAGUUAAUCAUAUUUUUGAAGCAACUUUCUAUCAAAUAAAAUGAAACAUUACUAUGUAUUAGUGCUGUUUUAUUGUCCUUGGGGCCUUUACUUACAUCAGCCUUUGUGGUACGCUCUAAAAUACAAGGUUGAGGUUUUUCUCUCACUCAUUUCUUGGGUUUUUUUCUUUUUCUUUAAUAGCUGCUCUGAAGCCAGCUUUUGUAAAGCUUGUCAUUUUACCUGGGGAAGGAGUUGGCCCACCUUACAAGGGCACUCUAACCUUAAAGCUGUCGCAGCUGAUGUAGCACAGCUGCAGCUGUUCUGCCCUUGGGGAGGUGUUGAAGCCCUUGGGCAGGUAGAGGGAGCCAAAUGUGAGCAGCUGCUCUCCCUGAGGCUGGUGCAGCUGCAGAUCCCGCUGUACUUGGUGCUUUUCUAUUCUGCUGGUCUGGUAAGUUGUCAGAGGAAAACCAGCGGGGCUGGCAGCUCACCACAAGAAGUAUGGGAGGAGCUUCAUGGUAGGGUGGAGGGCCUCCUCCCAGGCAUGUAUUUUGGACAAAAGUGACAACAAAUGGAAAGAGAUAUUUUAAUGUUUUAACAAAGGAUAAAAAGUGAGCGAGCCGCAAAAAGACCAUUCCUUGCUCUUACUAAAGUAUAGAAAUAAUGUUAUCCCAUUGGAUGAAAGGAGAUUAAUAGCUGUUACACAAUUAUGCCGUUAACAAAAGGGCCAAAUGUCUUGCAAUAUGACCAGAAAGGUACAAAAUACAACUGGUUUUUUUUCAAAAUUACCCUGACAAACUCUGAGAACACAAAAUUGAAGACUAGGUAAUCACAGAUUAGAAACUUCAGAAGUAAUAGAAAAGGACAUCAGAUCAGCAUAAUACCACUUCCCAAAAUUU